AUGAACCACAUUUCUCAAGUUUUGCGGAUCUCCCAGAUCAAAGUUAGUCCAGGGAGCAAAAUCUGGCGGUAUACCAAAGACAAUGUUGUCGGGAUCUACGGUGUUGUCUCGGAAGAAAAGAAAUCGGGCAAGUCUGAUCCAUGUACUUGGCUGAAGAUCAAAUGGAAGGACCUGAGGUCAGAAGAUACAGAAAAAAUGCAACAUUCUUGUUCUUGGAUUCCGAGAUCCGAUUUCAAACGCUUCUGCAAUGGCAAGCGCGCAGCAGACGCAAAAAUCAAGGAGGUCUGGGAGGAACAAGAGAAACGAUACCACCGCGUGCUUCAGAGCGACGCUGGAAGACGCACUGAAGAUCGAUCGCCCACCCCUUUCCCAUUGGGCUCAGCAGCGAGGCCGUCACCUGAGCGACAGGUCAGUUCGCGCCUCAGUGCGCCUGCGAUACAAAUCUCAUCUCCGAGACAACAUGAAGUGCCCCCUUCCUCCACUGCACAUUUCUAUACGGGACAUGGGUCGCCAGCGAGCCCGAUCAACCUUGACGUAGGUGAGGCGAGUCACACCUCAGCCUCCUCCGGAGCUUCUUUGAACUCGAACACCAGCGCCAUGCAGAACAAGUCGGACGGGGCGAUUGGCCAAAGAGCCAUACGCACGGAAGCGGAAUUCAUUGCAGAAUGGAAGGAAAAGAAGGGAUGGGAUAAUUUAAAUGAUAUCCAGAGAGAAGCAUGCUUGACGGUGGCGCAAGCCAUGUAUGACCUGUACAAGGACACGAUUGCUGGGAAUAACCAAUCUCAAGACUCGGUCGAUUCUCCAAUUGGCCAACGACCAGGAGCAGUCAUCGCCGCCCAUUAA